UGCAAAAAGGUUUCCAGUUCUAUUCUGGACUGUCCCUACACAAAGCGACGCUUAUUAAAGCAGCGCUUAAGGGCUGUCGUUAUGCUGGCUUUAGGUUGACACACGUUAACGGGUCAGCCAUAGAAGGUAGAAGUGCGGUCAAACCUAAACCCAGGGUAUCACCUUUGAAGCUAUGGUUGAGACAUCUGCUAACUUGGAUAACCUUGAGAAGGUCUCGUUGCCGGUACCUUUCCCAGUCGCUAUAGUUACUCGGCCUCACCCUGGCAUAAGCGGAAGCCCAAACUGCAAUUACCAGACGCUAGUCUUUUCAAACGAGAGAGAUGCUUUAUUCAGCAGCGGCUCUGGAGCUCGGAGUUGCAUUUUUGAACUGCUAGGUGAUGGCAGUGACCCUAGUGCGCCAUUCCGCCUGGCAGCCCUUGCGCUGGAGCUCAAGGAACGAAGCCCCGAUGGCCGCCUGGUGCCGUACACCUGCCAGGUGGCGCUGCACCGGGCCGUGUACGACUCAUACUCCAAGGCGGUGUACUUUGUGGAGGGCCGCGCGCUGAUGCGUCUGGGUUCCGACGACGUGGUGGCCCCCCUGGCGGGCCACCGCGAGCUGUGCGGCGCCAAUGACGGCCCGGGCGGCGCCGCGCGCUUCCAGCUGCCGCACUCCCUGGCGGCGGACGGCGCGGGGUCGCUGUUCGUGGCGGACUGCGGCACUGUGAGGCGGGUGGUGCUACCGGGGCUGCACGAGCGGGAGGGCGCGGAGGCGGUGGUGACGACUUUGUACGGCGGCCCCUGGAGUGCUGGCUUUGUGGACGUGGCAUACGAAAGCACCACCGGCCGCCUCUACGCCGCCACCAUCUCCGCCGUGUACCGCCUCUCGGACGAGGGCCGCGUCAUCACCCGCGUGGCGGGCUGCGAGGCGGCCAGCGGCAGCGGCAGCGCAGCAGCCAGCAACUGGGGCGGCGGAAACGGCCUGCCCGCACCCGCGGCGGCAGCGGCUGUGCCCGCAGGGGCGGCCCCGGAGGGGGCCGCAGCCGCCACCUCCGCUGGCAGUGCUGCGGGCGGCGGCAGCGGUGCGGGUCAGUUCCAGGGUUUCGGUGGCAUCAGCGGCCUGGUUGCUGACGUGGACGGCGGGCUGCUGGUUGCAGACCGGCAGCACGUGUACCGGUUGGAGGCGGACGGGGGGGUGGCGUCGGUGAUAUGCGUGGGCAAGAGCGACACGUCAUGGGGCGCAGUGGGCUGCUACCCAUGCAUCCUACCCAACGGCUGGCUGGCGCUCUGCCAGUACCACGACCGCCGGCUGCUGCUGCUGCACCUGGGGCUACAGCCCGCCCCCGCCCCGCAGCGAGCCGUCUGGCACGAGGGCGUGUCGGGGCUGCUGGGUGACCUGGCGGCGCUGCUGGCCUGCCCGGACGGCAGCGAGGACGUGGAGGUGGCGGUGGGGGGCGCGUGCUUCCGCUGCCAUCGGGUCAUCCUGGCGGCGCGGUGCGCCUACUUCAGGCGGCUGUUCGCGGGCAGCUUUGCGGACAGUCGGGCGAGGAAGGUGGUGCUGCAGGAUGCCGACCCUGACGCCUUCUCCCACCUGCUGCGGCACAUGUACACGGGCGACCUGUCCUUCCCGCUCGCCUCGCUGCGGGCGGUGGCGGAGCUGGCGGACCGGCUGCUGCUCCACCAGGUCGUCCGCCACGUGCACCGGCGGCUGCUGGCGGCCGCCCAGCCGGAGGGUGUGGUGGCCGACAUGCUGUGGGCGCAGCGGCAGGGCUUCACCGACCUGCUGGCAAGCCUCAAGGAAUGGUACCUGGAGCACCAGACGCAGGUGCUGGCGGCCGCCCCGGACAGCGUGCGCGAGCUCUUCGUGGCCGCCCCCGCCCUCAUGUACGACCUGCACUGCGCCACGGUACGGCAGGCGCAGCAGCAGCAGCGGAAGUAGGGGAGGCAGCCACAGGGGUAGCAGCGAGGGCAGCAAGAGGAAUGGGGACGACGACAGCAGCUGUGAAUACUGCAGUGCUGUAGGGGCGCCAGAAGUUGUGGCGUCUGCUGGAUAUGCGGCGGGGUUUUGGUGCAUGUUGCAUCUUCAAAGCAUGACAUGUGGAAAGACAGUUUUCUCUCAGACUCAAUGCAUGAGGAGAUGUGGGGCUUAUGUGCACAUGUGGUCUUACAUGGUGACCGCCCUGUUGAGGCAAAACACUAACCAGGCUAAUGGGCUUAUGACUACCGCAGGUUUAUGCUUCCCAGUUGGCCUUUGCAUCACAGCCAGGCACGACUAUAGGCCUAGUCCCGUGCUCGUGAGUUCAUGUCCCAUCGUGUGGCAGGACUAUUGCUCACCUUUGCUGGUUUCCGGUUCUCCCCGUCGUUGUCAGUUGAUUGCCUUCAAUAUUGCCCCAGGCUGGCAUAUACCGCUGCCGAUCUGGGUUCUUGGGUGCUGGUGUGUGCUCGUUGCUGGGAGGACGGAAGACAAUGGAAGGUCAAGCUUUGUACCGUCCACGAUGUGCGCGGGGGCUACAGAUGCUGAAUAAAGUACGUGCGGUGCUGGUUAGGUCCACAGUUAAUGUACAUCCCCAAGUCCAUGAUAUGUUUGGGAGCACUUUUUGUGAUGACGACAGACCCGAGGGUUGUACUAAAUACCAGUCUCCGCAGAACCCCUUUGGUGUUGACGCGAAGUGACGUAACCAAGCAAAUGGAAUAUGUUUUUUGAAUGGCGGCAGGACUGUUGGGAUGCGAUGCAUUUGCAUGUGACGGAAGUGUUGAGUGCUUUUGCAGGGUUGCUGAUUUUGUUGUGUUGUAGUGUCGUUGGUGCUAAAUGCAAGCCCACAUGGCAAGGGGGAGUGCGAUUGCACUUGUGACUUAUUUGCGGUUAUUGAGGUGGCUGCUGUUGGUGCGGCCGACACGGCCGGCCGUUGUGGCCUGCUCUCCUGUGGCCUAACCCGCAUGCGCGCGACCGCCCUCGAACGAACCCUUCUUAUUCCCUAGCUACUAUUACGUUUUUCAUCGCAAAUGGCCGCCGCUCUCAGUGUGAAGGAGAGGGGCAACGGAACGGUUGUACGACAAGCGGUAGCAGUAGCGAUGACCUCUUCGUAAUUACAGAAGUACGGCACCCUACGUAAGAACCUUAAUGUGCAGGCUAUUGUGUUGUUGUUGAUGCGGUUGUCGCCCUCAUGUCACGCUGGCAGGGUUGUACUACCGGUACGACGGUAGCCAACGAGCCGUCCAAAACCCUAGAACAAAACUGCAUGUAUGCCCAUUACGGCAAUGUUAAUUUUAUACCAUGG